AUGGGCCCACCGCGUGUUCCUCCUCUCACGGCGCAUGUUCCGCACGCCCGUCACGGCCGUACUAUCGACGGUCGCAACGGUCGCGACCGUCGCAGCGGUCAUGGCGGCGAGUUGGUCGCGCCCCCCCCGUCACAGCCCGUCCGUCUCACGCUGCCCCAGCCCGUCCCGUCCCCUUCCAGCGGUGCGCAGUGCGCACAGCCGCACGCACGCAGCCGCAAGCGCGCAGCUGCACGCACGUCACCAGCCACGCGCGCAACUGCUGCGAAAUGCACAGCUCCAGCCGUAGGCGCAGCAGCAGCCGCACGCACGACUGCAGCGUCAUGUGUAGCUGCAGACACACGCGCAACUGAAGCCGCCUGCUACGCCGCCCCUCCCCAUUUAACCCCCUUCUCACUGCUGCUGGUGCACCAAAGGGGGGGAGGGGGGGAAGGGAGGGGAAGAUUUGUCGGGGGGACAACGCUCGUGGCGGUUGUCGCGGCCCUUUCUCUCCCCCCGGUCCCGUUUUCUUCCCCUCCGUCGCCUUUCCUGCCCGCGCCUACUUCUGCAGUGCGGGGAGGAGGGGUUAUGCAGCACCAGCCGCCCACCUCCUCCUCCUCUCUCUCCCUGCCGCCUGUUGUUGUGUUGGGAGGGGGGGGGAUGGGCUUGGAGGUUAAGGCGGUGGUAGGAGGGGAUCUGUAG